AAUGGUCGCUGAGAAUUGAAAAGGGCGGCACUUCCCUUUCGGGCUCCUCGUCGCCACUCCCACUCCCACCACCUCCGCCUCCUACUCUUCUUCCUCUUCCUCUUCUCCAUCCUCUUAAUCUACUUAAUUCUUUGAUCUCUCUAAUUUAUUUUCUCUUUUAUUUUUCCCUUGCUCUUCUCCUCGUCUUCUCUCUGGAAUCGCACCCCGAACUGUCUUUUACAGCCGCCGUCGUCCUGCGUGUGCUUCUUCUACUAUACUUGGAAGUUUAGCAAACGCGCACGGCUAAACGAGUGUGCUGAGCUACGUUCGUGCCAUACCUUACCAAUUUCGAUUAUAUAUAUUUUAUUCUCUUGUUGAAGACACAUCUUAUCAUAAUGGUGACAAGUCUAUUACCGGCCUCCGCCGCGGCCUUUGCGCCAAGAUCCUCGCCAAACGUUGUCCUACAUUCGAGGGUAGAACCCUGGCUAACGAUGACACUCAAGAGGGUUAACCGGGUCAAGCGCCCUUUAAAUAAUGUCGGCCAGCAUACCAGAUGUUUGACGGAGACGCUCUCAUCGACAAAUGCCAUCUGGACUCUCUGCUCUAUCAUGCUACCCAAGGCACCGGAAUCUGAUCUACCCAAGGAUGACAACCUUCUCGUGGAGGCGCUUUUCAACUACCAGCUUCUCCACAUAGAAGCAUACGUGGUACAUGUCGACAUGGUCUCUCAGAGUGAGGUUGCGUUCAAGUUGACCCCAGAGACCAUCGAGUCUUUGGUUGAAUACCAUAAGGAGGUGUUUUCCGUGGACACUGCUGCCAGCACCUGGAACUGGGCCGAGAAAGAGAUCCAAUUGAAGAAGCUGCAGGAAGAGUUCGUCCAGGCUGCCAACCGGUUCGUAUUCCGCACGGGCGUUCGUGUGCUUGAAGGAAUGGAGGAAGAGGGAGCUGGUGAGCUCCUUGGCGGUCGGAGUGACGAUGCAAAGGCGGCGGUGAUGGGAUUGUUUGUUCCGCUGCUUCCACCACCACCACGAGUCGUCGAUGUGGUGCAACCAACUCCGCUUCUCCCAAGCUCAACCGGUCCUCAAGAUUGGUGGAACAGCCCGAUCCCACAAAACCCACCCGUGCCCGUUGAAUCGUGGCAGGUAGUUCCUUCGAGCCCCAGCACGGCAUCUUCAUGUGACUCACAUCAAAGCCUAUGGGCUAGCAUUACGAUGAGUGAGAUGCACUUGCCAUCACCUGCUCCCUCGCAAAGUCCGCCGUUGUCUACUGCUUCGUACACUGCUGCCGAAUUCUACGACCCUUCGGCCACAACUGCAGCAAUGGCUCCUUUGCUCUUACCGAGUAUGAUUGCACAGCAGCAAUGCAGCGCUUCAGCUGGAAUGGGUGGCUUCGGGUGGAAUGAUCGCAUCGUGGAUCUCGCAUUGCCAUAUGGCACCACGAUGUAACUACACUUGGAGGCAUGGCACCCUCAACCGUUCACACCGCAGAAUGGGGUGGCCGUUCAUCAUAUCUACGACCCAGAUCACCACCCUGACACUCCUUUGACCUGCAUUUACUACACGGCAUGGCUUUCCAUCUGGGCGAACGACCGGGUCCUCGGGGACAAUGAUCUUGGUUUUGAAGGCAUAUACCUACUUGCAUGGCUUUCUUUGACAUCCCUCUAUUGGUGCAUUUUUAGCAAGCGUUGAACUUCCUUUUUUUUAUUAUUAUUAUUCUUUAUUUUUGAUUUUGCAUGAAGAACCGGCGGGUCGGCUGUUUGCCCUUUCCUUUUUUUUGCAUGAUAUACACUCCCAAGUGGAUGAUUCCUUUCGCUUUUGUCUUACAUCCGGCAUUUGAUGUCAUCAAGACCUUGAUGUGCCUCGCGGCUUGAAACGUUUUUCCUUUUUUUUAUGCCUUUCAUUUCUUGCGCAUUAUAGACUGGGCUACAUAUGGAUGGGCAUCGUGGCGGUGGUUUGGCUGGUCCUAUCAUCAAGCGAUGACUACUCCCUGAUUGCCUUUCUAUUGUCUAACCACUUACAUUCGGUACAGGCUGCCGAACUGGCGAUCCAUAAUAUGGAUUGGGUAAGAGUUGGAUCUGCGACAAUGCGGCUCUGCAUACAUCUGGUAUGGUAUUGUAUUCCGCAAUUUGAGUUCACUCUGGUGCGCAAAGGGGCAAACCGUCAUGGCCGAGGAAGGGAGAGGUGUGUCACGCCCGCUUUCUAAUGUCCAUCCGUGAUGGCGUCUGGAAUGGUGGGAGUCAGCGCUUCACAGGAUCUGGGAUCCCUAGUUGCUUGUCUUUCACGGGGCAGAGGCCGCCAUUCUUUCCCGCCCCUGACUGUUUACCUGAAGCUAUCCAAGGCCAGGCUCACCCUUGUUAGGAUCAUCCUCCUUAUCUCCGGGCUGGUUUUGUUUUUGUUCAUCGUUUUGAUUGAUCUUUUUCCUGGAGAAGCCCAGCUCUUGUCUUUCCUCUCCCACUGGAUGGGGAUGGAUUCGGCAAAGCUGGGAAUCAGAUGCUGGAUUUCCUUGUGCUCGUUUCGAAGCUGUGCUUCUGAUCUCUCUUUGUCAAAUCAUCUAUGCAUGUUAAGCUAGUUUGUAUAGUUCGAAAUAUAUAAUUCAUUACAUUCU